UUGCUUGUAGUGCCAGAAAAGUAUUCAACACACUAUAUAUAUAUAACAACUGUAACCCCUGCUGUGGAUGCAUGCUGCUGUCGUUAAAGAAGGUUGGUGUGUUAGUGUGUGUUCCGUGUCUCUCUACAGAACUCAGGGUUCACCAUAGUGGCCGAGAAGCUCAACUUUUAUCGCUACCUCUCUCAUUUUAGAGCUGUCCACAGGGGAGCCUUCUUCACAGAGAUGAGGACCACCUCCGUCAGGAAACUACUUCCCGAGGCCUGGGGUUUUCUUUGUCCAGUGCACACUCCAGAUGGAACACCGUGUGGCCUGCUCAAUCAUCUGGCUGCUGCCUGUCGGGUGGUUACCUCUACUCCACCCACAGUCCACCUACCUAAACUCCUGGUAUCUCUAGGAAUGACUCCACUGGGAGCUCCCACAGUGGCAGUAGGAGACACUGGGUCAUCAUCAGUCUCUGUGUUACUGGAUGGCAGAGUGGUGGGAGAGGUGAGCCAGGCCCAGGCUGCUGAGAUUGCCAUCAAACUCAGGACACUCAAGGCCCUCGGGAAGGAAAAGGUCCCCUCCACAUUGGAGAUAGGGCUGGUGCCAGUUCUGACAGGUGGGCAGUACCCGGGGCUGUUCCUUAUGAGCGGCCCGGCGAGGAUGGUCAGACCUGUCCUCAACCUCUCCACCAAUACCACUGAGAUGAUUGGAUCCUUUGAACAGGUCUAUAUGGAUAUUGCAGUGGUUCCAGAAGAGGCUAUCAAAGAUGCUACAACUCACAUGGAGCUGGAUGAGAAGGCGAUGCUGAGUGCCAUAGCUCAACUCACUCCGUACUCUGACUUCAACCAGAGCCCCAGGAACAUGUACCAGUGCCAGAUGGGCAAGCAAACUAUGGGGACACCUGCCCAUUCCCUCCCCUAUAGAAUGGACCACAAGCUCUACAAACUUCAGACUCCCCAGGUACCUAUGGUGAGACCGUAUGCUCACGAUCACCUCAAAAUCGACAACUAUCCUCACGGAACCAAUGCAGUCAUUUGCGUCAUCUCCUACACUGGUUAUGAUAUGGAGGAUGCCAUGAUUCUCAACAAGGCAUCAUAUGAGAGAGGAUUUGCUCACGCAAGUGUCUAUAAGACUGAGUUGAUAGAUCUCCAGUCUAUCAGUAAAGACAGAGGUGGAGCUAAUCUACAGUUUGGGGUGUUGCCAGGGGACAACACUGCAAAGACAGGACUGGAGGGUAACGGGUUUCCCCCAAUUGGUGCCUACCUCCAGGAGGGAGAUGCCUUUUACAGCUAUGUUGAUCUGGAUGCUGGUGUCUCUAAAGUCUCCUACUACAAGAGUAUAGAGCCAGCCUACCUGGAACAGAUAAAGCUGCUGGGAGACGAGAGUGGGGAGGGGAGACUACAGAGAGUCUUUCUCAAACUUCGUGUCAAUAGGAAUCCAAUCAUUGGUGAUAAGUUUGCUAGCAGACAUGGGCAAAAGGGAAUUUGCAGUCAGAAGUGGCCAGUGGAGAACAUGCCAUUCACGGAGAGUGGGAUGGUCCCUGACAUUAUCUUCAAUCCCCAUGGCUACCCUUCCAGAAUGACCAUCGGUAUGAUGAUAGAGACGAUGGCAGGCAAAUCAGCUGCCCUCCACGGGCUGUGUCACGAUGCAACUCCAUUCACCUUCUCCGAGGACAACUCAGCCGUAGACUACUUUGGACGACUACUGAAGAAAGGUUUCUGCAGCAAUUAUGUCAUUCUGUGUGCUUCAAUUUUAUAUUUGCUCCACAACGAGACAAAAUUUGUGCAAGUGGAAGUAACACACUAAGUUGAUAUGCAUAAUAAUGUGUCUACGCAUACUGUGUUGCUGCAUUAUUGCAUGUGACAUCAGCAGUGUACGUAGAAAGGCAAGGCAAAGCUACUACACCCAGGAGAGCUUGAAGUAAGUUGAGCUGCCCUAUAUAGGUAGGUUUGAACCCACGACACUCUGCUCUCUAGGCGAGUGCUGAGAUACCAGGGCGAGAUAUUAUGCUUGUAGGCUACACCUUCUCAAACUAUAGUUAAGUCAUGCUCUUUCUCCCAUGCCAUAUAAUACAUAGCUGGCUACAACUAUUAUGGGAAUGAGAGGAUGUACAGUGGAGUGACUGGAAGAGAGUUUGAGGCUGACAUCUUCUUUGGAGUCGUCUACUACCAGAGACUCAGACACAUGGUCUCUGACAAGUUCCAGGUGAGGACGACGGGUCCAAUAGACAUAGUGACCCACCAGCCAGUGAAGGGGCGUAAGAGGGCGGGAGGUAUCAGGUUCGGGGAGAUGGAGAGAGACUCUCUGCUGGCCCAUGGCAGCUCCUUCCUCCUCCAAGACAGACUCCUCAACUGCUCUGACAGAUCUCUGAGUCGGCUGUGUAAGAAGUGUGGAAGUCUCCUGUCUCCAAUGUUGGUGAGAGGGCCCUCCACUGGCACCACUGAGAGCUCCUCUCGAUGGAGGUGCCAAGUGUGCAGCGAUGGUGGCCAGAUCGAGAUCAUCACUGUUCCCUAUGUGUUCAGAUAUCUGGUGGCUGAGCUGGCCGCCAUGAACAUCAGAGUGGAACUGAGUACAUGCUAAUUGUUGAUGCUGUCAUCAUUGGUUUACUCAGCAGUCCACAGUUAGGGAUGUUUCCUGAUGCGCACGCAGCGCCGUGCGGCCUUGAUCUCGGCGUUCCUCCGUCUCUGCAGUCUCGCGCAUAGCCUGCUCCCAUAGAGGGGCUGGCAAACUGGCUCCGGGAGACUACAAUUUGUUGUUUAC